CGCAGUUGGGAUACGGGCUUUCUGUGCGCAAGCUUCACACUCAAAGCCUGUGGCCUCUCCGCCUCUCUGCUCCUGCCGGACUGGUUUGGGUUUAGCGACAGUUCAGCCGCUGUGUGAGAGACAGGCGCAGUCUUGUACAGCCUGGACCCACUUGUCACUUGUACUCGUGAAACCUUUGGAUAAACAUCGGCGGACUUAUUCUCGUGAGUUUUUCGCUGGACCUGUAGGCGAGGUGUGGUUGGAUCCAGCCGGGAUUAAGGCUUCCACUUGUUAUUCGCCACACAGAGGGGCUAACAGGGCUAGCUCUGACAAUAACGCAACGAUUGACUGCUAGCCUCCACUAGCAAACUGACAGUUUCACCCUUUGGUACGACACAAAGAUCUCCACCAUGCUGCAGUGAGGUAUGCUCAGAGCGCUGGUCUUCAUGAUGGCGUUGUUGGGGAGCUGUACUACCGGGAGCUGUACUACAGCAGCUCCAAACUCCUCCAAAGAUUACUGUUACUCCGCCCGAAUCCGCAGCACUGUGCUUCAGGGGCUGCCCUUCGGAGGAGUGCCCACAGUCCUUGCAUUGGACUUUAUGUGCUUUUUGGGGCUGCUGGUGGUGUUUUCGUUCUUGAGAAAAGUUGCAUGGGAUUAUGGACGGCUCGCUCUGGUUACAGAUGCCGACAGACGACUGGACCAACAGAGAUACAGUCGCCUGGAUGAUCGGGAAUAUGUGGCCUCUACAGUCACUCCUGAAACCAAUGAAAGAUAUGAAAGACUCACCUCAGUCUCCAGCUCAGUAGAUAUUGACCAGAGAGACACAGGUUUCUGCUCAUGGCUCACAGCUAUUUUCCGAAUCAAAGAUGAUGAGAUCAGGGACAAAUGUGGGGAGGAUGCAGUGUACUACCUCUCCUUCCAGCGACACAUCAUCGGGCUGCUGGUUGUGGUCGGGGUGCUGUCAGUGGGAAUCGUUCUGCCAGUCAACUUCUCUGGAAACCUACUUGAAAAUAAUGCCUACAGUUUUGGGCGAACCACUAUUGCAAAUUUGGGUGCAGAUAAUGCACUACUAUGGCUGCACACUAUAUUUGCCUUUCUCUACCUGUUAUUGACGGUUUACAGCAUGAGACGGCACACCUCCAAGAUGCACUACAAAGAAGACGAUUUGGUAAAACGCACUUUAUUUGUGAAUGGAAUAUCAAAAUAUGCAGAAGAGUGGGACAUAAAGCAGCACUUUGAACAAGCCUAUGAAAACUGUGUUGUACUGGAAGCUCGCAUCUGUUACAACGUGGCCCGGCUCAUGUAUUUGAACACUGAAAGGAAAAAGGCAGAGCGCAACAAAAAGUUCUUCAUUGACCUGCAGAGUAAAGAGCAUGUCCCCACCAUGAUCAACCCCAAGCCAUGUGGACACCUCUGCUGUUGCAUCAUCAAGGGCUGUGAACAGGAAGAAGCGGUUGGCUACUACACAAAGUUGGAGGCAAACUUGAGAGAGGAUUAUAGAAAGGAGCGAGAGAAAGUGAACAGUAAACCACUGGGCAUGGCUUUUGUCACCUUUCAAAAUGAGUCCAUAACUGCCCUAAUCUUAAAGGAUUUCAAUGCCUGCAAGUGCCAUGGUUGCUAUUGUCGCAGAGAGCCAAAGAGUUCAAACUUGAGCACCAAGCUUCACACACACAACUGGACGGUCACUUAUGCUCCUCAUCCUCAAAAUGUCUAUUGGGAGCAUCUUUCUGCAGGAGGAUUUUACUGGUGGGGGCGCUGCUUUGUCAUUAACAGCGUCCUCUUCCUGCUCCUCUUCUUCCUCACCACUCCGGCCAUUAUAAUCUCCACCAUGGACAAGUUUAAUGUCACAAAACCGGUGGAGUACCUUAAUAACCCAAUUAUCACCCAGUUCUUCCCCACCCUGCUCCUGUGGUCCUUCUCAGCGUUGCUUCCUACUAUUGUUUACUAUUCUGCCUUUUUCGAGGCUCACUGGACACGGUCUGGGGAGAAUAGGACCACGAUGCAUAAGUGCUACACAUUCCUCAUCUUCAUGGUCUUGUUACUGCCCUCUCUUGGACUCAGCAGCUUGGAUGUUUUCUUCCGUUGGCUCUUUGAUCGAAGUUUUGAAGCAGCUCCUAGUGUCAGAUUUGAAUGUGUGUUCCUUCCUGAUAAUGGAGCCUUCUUUGUGAACUAUGUGAUUGCCUCUGCGUUCAUCGGUAACGCCAUGGACCUGCUAAGGAUCCCUGGUCUCCUGAUGUACAUGAUCCGUCUGUGUUUAGCUCGUUCAGCGGCAGAACGGAGGAACGUCAAGAGGCACCAAGCAUAUGAGUUCCAGUUUGGCGCAGCCUAUGCUUGGAUGAUGUGCGUAUUUACUGUAGUGAUGACCUACAGUAUCACUUGCCCAAUCAUUGUACCAUUUGGGCUUAUGUACAUGCUAUUAAAACACUUAGCAGAUAGAUACAACAUGUACUAUGCCUAUCUGCCUUCAAAACUCGACAAGAAGAUCCACUCCGGGGCUGUAAACCAAGUUGUGGCUGCUCCUAUCCUGUGUCUCUUCUGGCUCCUUUUCUUCUCAACUGUUCGAUCAGGUUUUCUAGCAGCGACUUCCAUGUUCACGUUUGUAGUUUUGAUCAUCACAAUCAUCAUUUGCCUCUCCCACGUUUGUUUUGGACACUUUAAAUAUCUCAGCGCCCACAACUACAAGAUUGACACUCAGGAGGUGGAUUCAAUGGAAAAUGGUCGUGCUAUGGGUAAUGCAGGAACAGCCAAGGCAGCACAGCAGAUGUACAUCGCACAGGUGCUUCAGGACCCAAAUUCAGAGGAGGGCGGUUCAGGGAGCGGUGACGAUGGCCAAGGCUCCUCGCAGGACGAGGAGAUGAUCAACCAAAACGGCCUGAAUGAGGACUUCCAAUCAGGGGAGGACAGUCUGAUCGACAAUGAAGUGCGGCACUGAUACAGCCGCAACAGAAGCUUAACCUGAGGAGUGCACUGAUUGUAUGAAUUUAACUGAACCCACGAGUCUCCAAAGCAUCUCAUCCAAUUAGGGACGCUAACAGAAGCACAUACUAAGGACUUAACAGACUAUUUCUCCAUUGGGUUUCAUCGUAACUCAUCAGCAGGGAGUUUUACCCAAGACCAUGAAAAGGCAACAUUUUUCUGAUAUGAAAGACACUGAUGCACAAAUGAAGAAAUGUUUGCCAUGACUGUUCGGGGAAGCGAUCGAUUUCUUUAGUACUUGAACUGUGACCUGUCCCAUGAGCUCGGGGUACAUUGAGGUACUGUAGUCCGCCAUGCCUUCAGGCCCAAAACAGGACUCGAGUCUCCUUUACUGUCAGCUUAGAUGUUAUUGCAACUUUAUCAAAAGGAGUCUUUCACACCAGCUUUGGUCUGUACAAAUACUCUCAAAAUGGUUCUUCCAGUUUCAAAAAGGCCUUUCAACAACAUGAAUGAUCCCUACUAACAACUCUUAGACCCUGUACAGUUAAAGAACUGUAAGAUAACUUUUGAGGAUGUAUUUAUUUGUAGGCAUGUUGUAAAUGCUACCAGUUUAGGUGUAACUCUUUACUGUGGAAGAGAAAUGCUUCAAUCCAUGGCACACUACAUUAAUUUGGGACUGCUGUUGGACUGCUGUUCCUCCAGUAGGGGGCACUCCUCACAAGAACACCACUGAGGACUGGUCUUGUGGCGCUUUGCAAACUGGAGUAAGUCUGUUUUUUACCCUUUUUUAUUUGUUUGUGUGUUUACAUCUUCGAGUAGAAAUCGCACACUUGACUAAAAGGGGGUUGCUCAUAGUUUUAAGGACGGACUAUGUGUUGCCUAUCACACAACCCUCUGUCUUAUAUUUUUAUAGGCACAUAAUCAGCAAGAAGCAAAAAACUAAACAUUCGUCAUUGCCUAUUUUUAGCCAGUGCUCUCAGUCCUGAGCUAAGAUUAUCUAGCAAAGAUAAUGCACUUUUUAAACAUACCAGAUUUUAGACCAAGUUGCACAACAAAGAGGUUACAUCAACUGAUUGGGUUUAGGGCAAUUAAAUGUUAUUAAUCAUAUUACUAUAGUUUUUAUAGUACUUUCCUUUGUCAGAUUGAAGGUAUCCACGCAAGAACUGUUGUAAAAUCUACCUGUAGAUUCUGUCAAGAUUCUGUCAACAAUUUUCUAAACAUACAACCCAUUAGAAGCAAAUACCGAAAGUAAUUAUGAAAUUAUGAAAUAAGCCCAUAGGAUUAUGUUCAACUAACUCAGGAUGUCCUUCUUUAAGUUAACACUGAGUAUUCCCAAUGGUAGGAUAGCUUUUCUGAGGCAAAGUACCACUACUAUUUUUCAUUGUGGACCACUUGAUGUGGACCAUAAAUGUAAAAUGACCUAAUAUUAUACUGCUGCUUUGAACUAUUCUGGGAAACGUGCACUAAUCCUACUUCUACUCAAAUGAUUGACACAUUUUGAUGAGCAAUGACUUUGUGAGUUGGUGAAUCGUCUGUAAAUUGUCCAUAUACUCCAUCUUGAGUAGUACUAUGGUCCUAGAUUCAUUUUCAUCAUUGAGUCAGCUCUUCUUGUCAUGAUGGGUUGAUUUUAAUUUCUUUUUUAUACCUCUUGGUUGUUUUAUACCUCCUGAAAUAUUUGAAUGUGUCGUCAUGUCACAGUAACAUAGUUCCAGGGAACUGCUUAAUGUCAGCAAAUGGAUACAACAUCACUGAAUGCAGAUCUCUUUGGUUACAUUGAAGUGUUAAAUCCGUGGCUAUUCAAAAACCUUUGUUUGUUACAGCAUCUCAUUUUGUCUGUUUGACCUAUCCAUAAUAACCUUUGGAAACUUCAAUUCUGUAUUUUUUUCUUUUACUUUAAAUUUUGGAAGUUCUCAGUUUGUACAAUGCAUUCACAAAGGUUAGUCAAAAUGCCUUUCUUUGCGUCUUAAACUGUGCACUGUUAGAAUGUAUUGUGUGUGUGUGUGCUUUUUGUCCAAUUUAGUUUUAUGUUUUCUGAUAGAAAGAGUAACACUAGUCUGUAUUUUAAAGGGCCAUCUGUUUGACAGAUCUGUUCUUUCCCCAAGCUCUUUACAUAAUAAAUAUGUAUUUAAUCUUUAACUAUGUCAUUAAGUGCAUUAUUAUUCAGCAAUGACCUUGUUCAUGGGAGUUUCAUUCUUAUCUUGACUGAUCAGUUUCUUAUCGACAGCUUCCUAGCAUAAAUGCCUACGUCAUUUUUUGGCCAAACUGAGUUAUUCGUUUAAUGCUACUGUCCAGACCCUGCCGCAGCUGCAGGUGUCAUUGGCUCCGUCCUCGGCCAAUCAGAACGAUUUAUACAGCCACAAACACUUUCUGCCCAAGUCAUCUUCUUGAUAGGAACACGUUGCAGAAUAGACCCCAUAACACCUGUGUCUCUGCUCUCUCAAAGUGAAAUAUCUGAAUUUAUCUUGUGCUAAAGUACAGUGUGUGGUGUAAACAUAGAUUGUUAUUUCAUUUAUGAUUUAGUUUAACCUUUUUUCAUCACAUUUCUAUGUUAAUGUAUAGGAAACCACUGCAAAUGCAAAAGAUCUAAUGAAUUAUGACGUUCACAGUGUGUGAUUAAAGAUGUCCC